AUGGCAGCUGCUCAAAAAACAUCUGCAUCGCCCACAACCACCCUGGAGUAUCCCAUCCACGUGGGAAGUCAGAUCCACUCCCAACUUGGAGGAUGCUGUGGCGAGCUGGUGUGGGUGGGGGAGCCCGUCGUCUUUGGCCGGGCAGAGUCCAUUGCGGGCAAGUAUGGCGUGUGGAUGAAGGACCCUGAGCCCGUGCCCCCCUUCACGCGGGAGACCACCUGGCGCGUGGACGCAGUGGGCACGGAGGUCCGUCAGCUCUUCCAGUAUGAGGCGGCCGAGCAGCUGGCCCGGGGCUACCCUGCCAAGGUGCACAUCCUGCCGCGGCCUCUGGAGAGCACGGGGGCUGUCGUCUACCGUGGCGGGCUCUUCUUCCAGCCCCGCCGCUCCCGCGCCGUGGCCCGCUAUGACCUGCGGGGAGAGGCCGUUACGGCCGAGAGGGAGAUCCCCGGCGCCGGCUACCACGGGCAGUACCCCUACUCCUGGGGGGGCUACACUGACAUCGACCUGGCGGUGGAUGAGACAGGGCUCUGGGUGAUCUACAGCACCGAGAAGGCCAGGGGGGCGAUUGUCCUCUCCAAACUGGACCCUGAGACGCUGGAGAUCCGGCAGACCUGGGAGACCAACAUCCGCAAGCGGGGGGUGGCCAACUCCUUUGUCAUCUGCGGCACUCUCUACACUGUCAGCAGUUACUCGGCGCCCAAUGCCACCAUCAACUUCGCCUAUGACACGGCCACCAGCACUAGCCGGGCCCUCAGCAUCCCCUUUGAGAACCGCUUCCGCUACCUCAGCAUGGUGGACUACAACCCUGCGGAGCGGCAGCUCUUUGCCUGGGACAGCUUCAACAUGGUCACCUACCCUGCCUGCCUCUCCCAGGCGUGA